AUGCUCUCACGUGUUGCUGCUGUCAUGGCAUCCCGCACACACAACCGUCGCCGCGUGACCGGAUCCAGCGGAAGGAGGAGGGAAGGAAGAGAGAGUGAGCCGCCGAGGCCCAACAUGUCCCGGCGUGUGUUUACUUCCGCGGUGCUGCUCCUUUUUAUGAUGAUGUGCUGCGGCAGUGGUGUGGCUGCGCAAGCUCAGGUGGUGCAGUUGUCUGCUCCAAAGUUUAAAUGGAGAGCCGUCACUGAUGGUGGUGGAACUGUGGAAUCGUUGGGUGUUCCCGGUCUUUUGAAAGUGGGGAGUGAUGUGUUUGCCGUUGCCGAGGCGCAGUGCAAGGAGUCUCCAGACACCGUCUUUACUGGCAUUGCAUCCCAAAUACUCUCGAUGAAAAAGGAUAACAAACCGGAGGAAGUGCUGAAGGAUGCCAAGGAGAAAACACAAGUUCUGGAGGAAGUCACUUCCUCAGAGGAGAAGAAGAAAGUAGAUGUGAGCCGACCAACAACAGUUGUGGAGGGAAGUAAUAUUUACAUGCUUGCUGGAAAAUACAGCCGGACAGAUACCGCUGAUCAGGAUAGAGUUGCCGAUGACGGGGGAUUAUUGCUGGUGCAAGGGGAAGUCUGUGGCGAAAGUGGCGGUGGCAAAAGAAUCAAGUGGAGCGAUGCCAACGCUGUUCCGCGGGCAUCUGUUGGCAAACUAGAUUCCUGGACAGGACUGAUUGGAAGCGGCGGAUCGGGCGUUAAGAUGCAUGACGGUACACUUGUGUUGCCAGUGGAAGGCACGAAGAAGAGUGAAGCAAAAAACGAUGAAAAGACCUUUUCGCUGCUCAUAUACACCCUGAAGGAUACUAAUAGUUGGAAGCUGUCGAAGGGGAUGUCUGACGGUGGCUGCAGUGAUCCCUCCGUCGUGGAGUGGAAGGACAAAAAACUCAUCAUGAUGACUGCAUGUGGUGAUGGCCGCCGCAGGGUGUACGAGUCCGGUGACAAGGGGGAUUCGUGGACGGAGGCCCUCGGGACACUCUCGCGCGUGUGGGUCAACAAACAGGGCGCAGAAGUGAAGGCCGUUAGAAGCGGGUUCAUCACAGCGACGAUUGGCGGUGUUGAAGAUAACAGAAAUGCGAUGCUCGUUACUCUGCCGGUGUAUGCCAAAGAGACUGAUAGUAAAAAAGAAAAAGGUGAACUCCAUCUUUGGCUGACGGACAAUACGCACAUUGUUGAUAUUGGGCCGGUAUCCGGUGAUGAUGAUGACGCUGCCGCCAGCUCCCUGUUGUACAAAAGUGGUAAAGAUAAUAAUGAGAAGGAAGAGUUGAUUGCACUGUACGAGAAGAAGAAGGGCGGGGAAAAAACAUCACACAAUCUUUGGUCUGUGCCUCUGACUGAGCAGCUGAAGCGGGUGAAGGAGGUGCUGACGACCUGGAAGAAAGUGGACGAAACUGUCUCUAAGCUGUGCCCCUCCAGUGCUGUGGAUGAUGCCUCACCUGAAAGUGCCUGCAGCACUACUGUUAAGGUCACGGAUGGGCUGGUUGGAUUUUUGUCCGGCAACUUCUCUGAUAACACAUGGAAGGACGAGUACCUCGGGGUGAACGCCACAGUGAAGGGGAACAAUGAUGGGGGUAAGAAGGCAACAUUGCAUGAAGGCAGAGUGACGUUCAAAGGAGCGUGGGCGGAGUGGCCUGUUGGCAGUCAGGGGGAGAAUCAGCUGUACCACUUUGCGAACUACAACUUCACUCUUGUGGCGACGGUGUCCAUCGACAAGGUGCCGGAGGGAAUCACCCACAUUCCUUUGAUGGGUGUUAAGGGGAUUGACGAUGAGAAGACUGUACUUUUUGGACUGUCGUACAACGACAAAGAAAAGAAGUGGAUAUUGUUGUGCAGGGGCGGAAGGAACACUGAGCACAGCAGCCAUUGGGAGCCAGAGACACAGUACCAAGUGGCCAUUGUGCUACGGAACGGCACCCAGGGCUCCGUGUACGUCGAUGGUCAGCGUGUGGGUGGGGAUGUGCCGUGCGCAUUGGAGAAUAAGGAUUCAGAAGCGGUCUCACACUUCUACAUUGGAGGGGAUGGAGGUGCAAAAGGCGUCUCAGAGGUCCAAGACGCGUCUGUGACUGUGACGAACGUCCUGCUGUACAACCGCCCGUUGAGUACUGCGGAGAUUGGCGCCCUAAACCCGAAUAAAGCUUCUAGUCCACCUGUGGUGCCUGAAAAUGCCCAGGGAACCCUGUCGCAGUCCUCUUCUGGCGGGCAAGCGCCGUCGGGGCCUGAAUCGUUGAAUGAAAAUCAGGGUGCGGGCGGUGGCAGGGCGUCCCCAUCAGCACCGUCCACUGUAACGACUUCCUUAGGAAAAGAGCAAUCCGUAAUUCAGCUGCCUUCAGGAAUAUACUCCGGCGGAAGUAAACAUGUGGAUGUCGCUUCUUCAUCCGAUGGUGAUCCAAGGGUGGGAUCGGAGGCUGGAGGUGCGAUGCAGGGAGACACACCACCUCAAACUCCUGUGGAUACUCCCGACAAAGCAGUUGCAAAUGCCCCUAUCGCUACGGACGUGGCUCAAGUUGACCCCGCAGAUACAACUGAGGUGGGCGCGAGCUCUGGUGCGAAUGGGGAGACGGCGGAAGGGACGAAUGGGCAGGGAGAGCUCCAUGCACGGGACGGCGAAGUAAAGGCUGCGGCACUCAGCAGCAGUCUCGGAAAUGUGUCGCAGGGGAAUAACAGCGAUGCCGGCACAGUGCGUGGGAGCGGACUGCUGCCAUCGCUGCUUCUUCUGUUGGGACUGUGGGUGUUCACGGCUCUCUGA